CGGCACAGAAGGCUCCGUGAUAUUUGUUUGUCACGUGGCUGUUGUUGCAGUCCACAUAGUUACAAACUGUAGUUCGGCUCGCAAUUUGGUCUCUCGAUGGAUCAAAUGCGUACUCUGCAGCUUUCGCUGGAUCAACGUAUCGCUCUUUUGCCUCGAGCUGCACCAAGUGGACCCUGCACACAAGUAUCUCGCCGUGCGGGUAACUUCCGUUCUUGUGACAGAGUCCCACUUGGCACAAACGCACAUCUCUCUUCUUCGUGUAACGAUAUCUCACAGGUUGCGGUUUCCCUUCAACAUGCGCGUCCAGCAGCAGCACCGACUGUAGAUGGCGAUGGCAAAAAAGUUCGUUGUUGUGAGGGCUCACACCCUGUUUCUUACAGCGAGGGAAGGCGCAUUUGCAGCGUGCAGUGGGAGCAGGAGAUGGCGGAGGCGGGGAAGGCGUCACGGAUGGACGAGAGAGCUGCUCGAAGUGAGGCAAGCACAAGUGGCGGCGGUUGAACUCGAGCUCUCCUGGAUUGGGGCAAUUGAGGAGGACGCACCGAGGCCAGGAACAGUAGCAAUUAUUGCCACAAAAUACUCUCUUGUUGAAGCG